UAAGCUCGGUUCUCUGCAUAUCUCUCCUUACGAAAGUUAAUGAAACUCUAUGCCCGGCAUAACCAGGUCAUCGCCAAGGCUCUGGCGCAUGAGCUGGUCGAGCGGCGUCGCGCCGAUCCAGCAGUCGGAGAGCGCUGGCGAAGCUUCUGGCAAAGCCGAGACAUCGCCGCCGACGACAGCACUUACUGCCUGCAUGCCGGCCGCAACAAGAACGACACCUGGCGGCAACGGAGACUGAACGAAACCGAGCUCGCCGACAGGGGGCGCCUUGAUGAAGUCCUGGGUUCCAGGAUAGCCUACUUGGCCUUCCAGAGAGCCCGACUCGCCGCCGCCGGGAGUGGUCGUUCGACGACGCAGCUGCUGGGAGUGAAUCUCUCGAGCAAGCAGUUCUUCUUCAUAAUGCACUGCGCGCUCGGCUGCGCCAUGGGAGGCCACCGAAGCCCGGAUGACCUCCAGCAGCGUUGCAUGGUCGUGUACCAGACGCGAAAGCGUCUCGUCGACGGGCCCUGCGGACAGCUCGCAAAGGGAAGCGGUCCGAACGAUUGCCGCUACAUAUAAACUGCUAUUAAAGGCAAUCAAGAGCUCAGCUGCACUGCCCGUGCGCUCUCGACUCGAACGAUAGAAUGCAUAACAUUUACUAACAAAACAUCCGAAAUUACUACAGCAAUUAAAACUUACAUUUAAAAAUUUUGCAGACGGUGCCAGCCCAAGCAGUUCACUCGUGUACGGAAGACACCGAAGUCUUACUACAACAAUUAAAGCAUACAUUUAAAAAAUGUGCAC